GAGGCGAGGCACAUCUGAAAUGAGGAGAGGUUGGAGGGGGAGGGGGAGGGGGGAGAGAGAGAUGUAAUUCUGGAAGAUUCUGCAGGAAUCUUCCGAGUGGACCCCAUUUCAUUCGUUUAGUGUGGGGAUCGUUUCUCUGAGCUAGAGCCAAUGACCGGGAUAGACUGACACCCACUCCUCUCCUCAAACAUGUCAAAGAGACCAUCCUAUGCCCCUCCCCCUCCCCCUGCCCCUACUACUCAAACGCCGAACACUCCCGGGUUUGUGGGUUACAACCCAUACAGCCAUCUGGCCUACAACAACUACAGACUGGGAGGGAGCCAAAGCAGCAACAGUCGGGCAACGAAUUCUUCGGGAAUAAAUAUCCCAAAGCCGCCAAAGCCACCCGAUAAGCCUCUGAUGCCAUACAUGAGAUACAGUCGUAAGGUUUGGGAUCAAGUAAAAGCCUCCAAUCCCGAUCUGAAGCUAUGGGAAAUUGGGAAGAUAAUCGGUGGCAUGUGGAGGGACCUCACUGAUGAGGAGAAACAGGAUUAUUUGAAUGACUACGAAGCAGAGAAGAUUGAGUACAAUGAAACCAUGAAGGCCUAUCACAACUCGCCAGCAUACCUGGCAUACGUCAAUGCAAAAAGCCGCGCCGAGGCAGCCCUGGAAGAGGAGAGCCGCCAGAGGCAGUCCAGACUGGACAAGGGCGAGCCUUACAUGAGUAUUCAACCAGCAGACGAUCCAGACGAUUACGAUGACGGGUUUUCCAUAAAGCACUCAGCUGCAGCUCGUUUCCAACGCAACCACCGCCUGAUCAGCGAGAUUCUCAGCGAGAGCGUUGUGCCAGAUGUGCGGUCAGUUGUCACCACGGCUCGCAUGCAGGUCCUCAAACGCCAGGUCCAGUCUUUGAUGGUACACCAGAGAAAGCUGGAGGCCGAGUUGCUUCAGAUUGAAGAUCGCCACCAAGACAAAAAGAGGAAAUUCAUCGAAGCCACAGAGUCCUUCACAAACGAGCUGAAAAGGCUGUGCUGUAUGAAGGUGGAAGUGGACAUGGAGAAGAUUUCCGCAGAGAUCACCGCGGCGGAAGACGCAACCCGCAAGCGCAUGGCGGACCGUGAGAAGGAUGCAGGAGACCGCGGUGCGAGGGUGGCCCCCACCUGCGUCUUAGCCGAGGAAGAAAAGCACAUUUGUGCGACACAUGGCGGCAAGUCCCAGCAAAGCGCUACCAGUGAAAGUAGCAACAAGGAGGGCGAGGACACAGAGUCCAACUUCACAGAUGCACCAGCGAAGCCGAAGGCCUCGGAGGAGCUCGAGGCUCAACCCGGCAGUGAGGAAGGAGCGUCAGAAGACAAGGAGAGCGUCCCAGAAGGAGCCAUGGAGGAAGGAACAAGUGACAGUAACACGGGCUCAGAAACCACCUCCGCUCAGACAGAAGACGCCCCAACCAGUGAGCUGUCAGAGGGGCUCAGCAGGGCGAGACCAGCCCACUGAGGGCGAGGUGACCGCGGCCUACGAUCCUCUGAUAAUACAUAUUGCACAGUAUCAUCUCAGUUUAUCAGUGUUCAGAUGGGCUCCGUGUUUAAGGGAAAGAUGAUGUUUUUAGCUUAGUUUUAAAAACACCCAAAGCUCACAGACAUGCGCCGAAUGGAAAGAAAUGAAACAUGUAAAGCACUUGAAGCCAACAAAGCAGUGGCCCUGUUAAAAAUAAAAAAUGGUCGCCGUGUGCGCCGCAAAGGUCAAUGUGGAAACACUGUACAGUCACAGGCCUCAUUGCCAUGCGAAAGAACCCAGACCAGCCCUCUUCAGCACAUAUCGAUACAUAUCUCUCGCACUAUGUCUGGCAUGUCCGAGAUUGUCGCAAAAUUAAGGCCGGCUGUAUGAAAAAAAAAAGCUGUCACAUGAAACAAAACAUUGUUCAGUGUUAUAUUUAAACUUUGUCUUUUGUAUUGUAGCGACAUUGUUGCUUUUAUUGUUAUUUUUGCAUGUGGAAAUUAAAAUUUAAAAAAAAAAGUUCACUCGUGGUUAAGAGUAGAGCUGAGUGACCAUCUCCUUGGCAGGAGAAUAUUUGUUUACUAUCAGUAUUACAGUGACAGUAUUGUCUCAGGAGUUUGUAGUCAGUAGUAGUUCCCUUUUUUUAAUUUAUUAUCAGCAUUUUUUUUAUUAUUAUACUUGUGUAUUGGUUGUCCUGGGUGCAGCUCAGUCCAUCUACAAGUAUAUAUUACUUGAUCAUCAGUGCUGUACAAUGCUCAAUUUACCAGUGUUCUCAAGUUUGCUAGCUGUCAAUCAAAUCAAAAGCAGUAUGCUUAGAACAUUCUCUUCCGUGUUAUUGUCAGUAUUGCGGUUUUCAUCAGAAGACUUGUACCGUAAUUGUGUAUGCGGUGUAACGAGGUUUGGUUAAACAUGGAUUUUCAUGUUGUCGUAAAAAAACAGCUUGAGGAGCAGUCAUGAACAUGCAGUCUUAAAAUGAAUUUUCCUUUUGCAUAUUUAUACCAAUAAACUUUUCUACCCUGAACAACAA